UACCUUAACCUCCCCCCACCGCGCAUGCGCCGUCGACGCCCGCAGUUUGUUGAUAUCGAUAAUGCGAGCUGGUCUCUGCGAACUGUGAAAUUGUUACAACUUACUGUUUUGUGUGUCUGGUGCGAUGGAUUGUUGAGAUGGAGGUGAAGAUCAGGGUGCACCCCACACCCCGGCCGUGGCCGUGGCCGGGCUGGGACGCGCGCCACCAGUUCCUCGACCGCUACAACCGCAGGCGCUUCCGGCUGACGCUGCAGGACCUGGCUCGCUUCAGCCUGCACGACUCUGGGGGCCUGGACGUCGACUGGCAUCCACUGCCUGGGCAGGGGUUCGCCGUGUAUGUUCCCAAGAAUUUGAGGAAUGUGAUCCAAUCGCACAUCGCCAGACUGAACGCAGCCGGCCAGCGCUCCACGGGGGACAGCUACCAGGAGGGCUCGUGGCCGCCCGCGACUCCACCCGCGGGCGCAGGGAAAGGCUUCGGGUUGUUCGGAGGAGAUGACUGGAAGCUGCCAGACUUGAAGCAUUUGCGCCUGGAGCCUAUUCCUAUGGCACCAGCGGGUAUAAACCUGGACCGUCGUUACAACCACUGGGAAACAGCGCGCGCGUGGGCGGGCGCCUUACUCGUGUUGGUCGCUCUUGUUCUACUAGUCCGAGCGCUAGAGAAGUGUAUGCACUGCAAGCUGUUUAAGAAUAGAAGACGACAAUCCCAAGAGUGGCCGACGCCGAAUGUCCUCGCAACUAGCCAUCGACACGGGAAUGAUCUAGAUGUGACAUUGACACCGCGCAUGGAAAACUCCCAAGGCUUCCAAUCUGAGAGCAACCAGGACACUACGAGCAAUGACCUCCCGCCACCAUACUCCGAGUGUGCCAUUGGUGAAGAAACUGCCAACAAUAAAUUUAUUGCUCCAGAAGAUCCACCGCCACCUUACUCAGCCUGUUACGUCACAUAUUCUAACCCAAGAGACGGAGUACCUUCUGUACAUUUCUUGAACAGACAAAGUACCUUUCUAAACAGACUUGAUACCGGCCAAUGCAGUAGCACACCUGACGUCGACAUCCAAAAUGCAGACAACUCCGCCAAAGAAAAUGAUGGUUGUGACAAUUCUAAAACAGAAUUGGUGUUCGAAAAUGGUAGGGUUAUAGAAAGGGAAAAUGUUGAUUUAAAUGAAAAUAAUACUCAGAGAAAUAUUAAUAUUGAAUGUGUCGUAAACAUUAGUGAGUCAGGAUUGACUAAUGUACCUGAUAGAUUAAGUCUUCAAGUAUAACCAUAUUAAUGGGCUGAUUUACGUGACUAUAGUAACGGUAUUUUUAUACGUUAUUUUCGUCUUAGACCAGAAUUUGAUCUCUGAAAGUAUAAUGUGAGAUGCGCUAUAGACCCACGCCUGUAAUAAAUUAUAAGUAAGUAACUAGUAUUUAGAUGAUUUUUGUAAUUUUGUAGUCAUAACCUUUUGACACCAUAGUAGCUGUAGAAGUCACAGACCACCUGAAAUUAGAUGUAGCUAUCAUAGAUAUGUAGACAAAAUAGUUUUAACUUUGUCUGAAAUACAUAACAUUAUAAGCAAUAUUAGCGAGAUGAGUACAUAUAAGACUAUAUAAUAGAAAUAUUGCAACAAAGUACAUCGAUACAGUAGGUACGUAUGUCCCACAACACGCAACCCACAGCUCUUAUAAAUUAUUAUAUUAUUAUCAUUAAUCUCCUUUUUAAUUUCGUCUUCAAUUCCCAUAUCAAUCCUUGAUAUGAUUAAUUAUUUUUAAAUAAAAAACAUAUUUA